AUGCUCCGCAAGUACCUGCCUUCCGUGCCCCCGCUACUCUUCGCCCUCGUCUUCGUGAACGUCCUCUCCUCCAAGUCGCUACAUCUCUUGCAACAUGUCCAGUCGCUUCCAGUACUCUACUUGGUGCUCUACUCGCCAACGCUGAUUCUCUGGGAUCUGUUUGUUAUAUUCGUGUCUCGGGUGCUGCUGGUCUGGCCCGAGACGCGACUACGAUGGAUUCCAUUUCUCUUUGGCGGCUUUAUUGCCCUCCUCACAUGGUUUGCAGCUGCCGUCCAGUUUGGCUUCUUCUUCGAGACCGGUGCCGAGGUUGAGUGGUCCGCGACCGAUAGCUUUGUUCGGGAUCCCGCAGCCAUGAAGAUUCUCAUGAGUGGUAUUUCCAGCGUCACGGCCGCUGGCACCGUCCUCUUCCUCGCCUCGUUUGUGCUGAGCAGCCGGUUAUACUCCAUCACCGGCCGCUGGCUCGAUUCGCUACGGGAUCGGUGCUGGCAAGGCGUGAGAGAGCCGAAGACCCUGCUUCCAUUUGCUAAAUCCCCAGCCGGUCGACGAUGCGCCUUCCAAUACCUCCUGCCUCUCACAGCCCUCAGUGUCUCGUUGAUAUUCCUUGAAGCAACUCGGCCCUCCAUCCCGUACGAUCACCUUGCGCGAGCUUUGCCGUUGACCAUGUUGGAUGCUUUUCACAGACCCUCUACGCAGUCGGUGGAGGGCUGUCGACCACCACCCCUUCCCUUCCCUCUGCUACCACAAAGGAAAGGAGGUCCCCCUCCUCAUCACCAUCAUCCGUUCGACUGGGCGUUUGGGAAAGGACCUCCUCCGUUUCCUCCGCCGCCUCCGCCUCCACCGCCGUUGGGUGACUUUGGGGUUCAGCCUUCGUGGUUACCCGAAGAUCCUCCGCCAGGUUUUAGCCGUUGGCAGCCCGCACGGGUUCGCGAGGAGGAACAUGGUGAUCAGCCGCUACAGUGUCCAAGUGGACCGUUCCAAUACUACAAUCCGCGAUCCGAUCCUCUGAAGGUUUCCAACUUUGAUGAUGAUAUCAUGGGGCCCUUGCAGCAGGCCUUCAAGGAUAACCCGGUCGAUAUCAAUCACGUGGUAUUGUUGACGCUGGAGAGUGGUCGAAAGGAGGUCUUCCCCAUGCAGGCUGGAACGCCCAUGUAUGAUUAUCUUGUGCAAUCGCACGAGGAGAAGGAACGGAAAGAUGCGAUCGACAGGCUCUCGAAAAUGACUCCUGUCGCGCAGAUGCUCACAGGCGAAUAUGCGUUGAACAGCGAAGGAAGAGUGAACGACUUCAGCAACCACAAGUGGCAUGACCAGUCGGGACCAGGAAUGGGUGGUCUCAACGUCAAGGGUGGGUUGACUGCGAGCACGUUGACUCUGAAGAGUAUUCUGGGCAGUCAUUGCGGUGUGAGCCCGCUUCCGGUCGAUCUCUUGGAAGAGAUCAACCUGGAGUUCUACCAGCCUUGUCUCCCGCAGAUAUUUGAGCUGUUCAAUCGACACAAGUCCAGUGAACCCGAGUCGAAGGAUGGCGGGUUCCAGGCAGACCAAUGGAAGUCCGUCUAUGUGCAAUCCAGUACAGUUUCAUACGACAGACAGGAUAAAUUGAAUGAGGCCAUGGGUUUCAACUAUUCGAUCUCCAGGGAGUCCUUGAGAGAUCCUGAUUCGAAACAUUGGCCACCGGCGACGGGCGAAAUCAAUUAUUUUGGAUAUGCGGAAUCCGAAACCAAGCCAUAUCUACGGGAUUUGAUUUUCGACGCUGCUGAGAACAACACCCGCUUGUUUCUGUCGCAUCUGACUAGUUCGACGCAUCAUCCUUGGCGCACACCAAAAUCGUUCCAUACCGAACAAUAUACCGGAAGCGAAGGCAGCGUCGACCAUGAAUCGAUGAAUGAUUAUCUGAAUACCGUUCGUUAUGUUGAUGAUUGGUUGGGUGAGAUUCUCGGUCUGUUGGAUGAGGCUGGAAUUGCGAAUUCCACUUUGGUGGUGAUUAUCGGUGAUCACGGGCAAGCCUUUUCGGAAGAUGCCAAGGUCACUGGUACCUUUGAAAACGGACAUAUCAGUAAUUUCCAUGUGCCGAUUGUGUUCCGACACCCUCAUUUGCCUCAUAUUGACAUUUCCGCCAACGCGACAUCUCUCGCUAUUAUCCCGACUAUUCUCGAUCUCCUCGUUCAGAGCCAGUCUUUGAACGAGAAGGACUCGGCGAUUGCAUCGUCCCUACUCCCUGAAUACCAAGGUCAAUCACUACUCCGGCCAUUCCACAACCAGCGUCCCGAUGACGGCCUAGCGGUGUGGAAUUUCGCCUUGAUCAACGGUGGAGGUUCAAUGCUAGCUAUCACAACAGCAAACUCACCCUACCGUCUUAUCCUACCACUAAAAGAAGAAUUCAACUACCGAUUCACACACCUCGGGAAAGACCCCGGGGAGCUCAAGCCACUAGAAGGAUGGUCCAUGCCACGCUUAGUGGACCGAGUACGCAAGGACCAUGGUGAAGAGGCUGCAACCUGGCUUAUGGAUGCGGAGAGAGUUGGUCGCUGGUGGGUUGAUGAGCAGAAGCGGAUUUGGGAUUAUCGUGGGGAGUAA